AUGGCGACCAUGGCUGCAAGCCGUCCUUCAGCACCGGGCUUGGGUGCAUCAGAGCCUCCCUCUUCUCACCCAUACACCUGCAACACAUGUCAAGUUGCUUUCCGCAACAGUGAGCUCCAGCGUGGGCACAUGAGGAGCGAUUGGCAUCGGUACAACUUGAAGCGCCGUGUCACCUCUUUGCCACCCAUCUCAUCCGACGUCUUCGCCGAGAAGGUGGUCGCCGCCCAGGCGUCAUCGACCGCCGCUGCCUCGAAGGCCGCAUACGAGAAGACAUGCGCGGCAUGCGAGAAGACAUACUUCAGCGAGAACUCCCUUUACAACCACGUAGGGAGCCAGAAGCACCUCAAGCAGGUUGCGAUGCUCCGGAAGUCUAAGAACGGCGCCACUGCCGAUGACGCGAGCUCCGUUGUUAGCUCGCAGGUUACUGCCACCGCGGAAACCGAAACCUCGUCCGAAGAAGAAUCGGAGGAAGAUGAAGACGAGGAAGAAGUUGCCGAAGUUACAAAAGACUUGAAGGAGACAUCUUUGAACGGUGAGACCGGGGAGAAGUCGGAGGACGCCGGACCAAAGAAGAUCGAGGUCCCGUUAAUGCGCUGCCUCUUCUGCAACUACGACUCCCCAACCGUUCUGUUGAACGUAAACCACAUGGAGAAAAUCCACAACAUGUUCAUCCCAGAACGUAACUACUUGGUGGAUUUGGAUGGAUUGAUUGCCUCUUUGUUCGAGAAGAUCAACAUAUUACAAGAGUGUCUUACCUGCAGCAGGUAUAAGCCGAACGUAUUCGGUUUACAAACGCACAUGCGCGAUAAGGGCCACUGCACAAUACCCUUUGGCACCGAGGAUGAGCAGCUUGAGAUUGGCGAGUUCUAUGAUUUCAGAAGCACAUACUCUGAUGAAGAGGAUGAUGAAGAUGAGUUCGCGGACGAGGCUACCGAUCGCAAGGCGGGCGGUGGUGUCAAACUUGGAGCCCGACGCACAGCUAAGAACGCCGAUGGUGACGAGGAGAUGGAGGAUCCUGAGGGAUGGGAGACUGAUAGUUCAACGUCUUCUUUGGAUUCCGAUGACCUUACAGCCGUGCCCCUCGCAUCGCACGAGCACCGCUACGAGAAGUUGGAUCGCCACCCACAUCACUCUUCGGAAGAUCCUAGGCCUCAUAAGAACACUGAUGGCUUCCACUCUCACGCUCAUAAACACAGGCACGCGGCCUACUAUUCCGACUACGAACUCCACCUUCCGUCUGGACGCGCUGUUGGACACAGAUCCCUCGCUAGGUAUUACAAACAGAACCUCCACAACCACCCAUCUCCUGCAGAGCGUCAAGAGCAGUACUUGAUCGAGGCCGCGAGGGGCUCGGAUGACGAAGAGGAGGUCGACGAGAGAGUGGCGCGCCGCAGCGACAGGGAGCGUGGCAGAGCACUCAACACACGUGCGAACGGCGGUAGAGGCAUGAUGGGUGUUUCCGAGACGAAGAAGAAGGAGGUUGCUGUCCUUGAAAAGCGUGCUAGAAAGCAGGAGUUCUACGACCGCCAAAAGUUCAACUGGGGCAACAACAAGCAGAGCAACUCCCAAAAGCAUUUCAGAGAUCCUCUCUUGCAAUGA